UGAAUUAAUGAAAGAAAGCAAUGUGCUUCGCAUGUCUGAAAAUAGGAAUAGAUCGACGCAAUGCGUUUGUGAAAUCGUUAGGGCGAUAAUGGCGGGGUCUUCGAGUGGCUGGGGAUCCAACCCAUUCACUAUGUUUGUUUUUCACACUGUUUUUAAUUUUCCCCAUUUAUCAAAAAACCACUUGAUAACUACCUUCUUCUAACCAACCCUCCAUUGUUUAUUUAGCUUGGGAGGGAUUUCAGAUCCUGUUUAUCCACACAAACAUCAAACUCUUUCUCUUCUGUUUUGGUUCAGUUUUGGACAAUCUGCUGGUGUAACCCAAACCAAACCCCACAAAAACUCUUAUUGGGUUACAUGCACGUAUAUUGUACAUAUAUAUACUCCAUUGAUUGCCUAAGGUGAAGAACAUACUUUUGGGUUGACAGAUUGAUGCAGCUAUCCAAUUUUUCAUCUGGGAUUUGUAGAAUCAGUAAUGCCCGUGUUUGGAGAUGGAAGUCUUGUUGAUUUAUUGGCAUAGCUUUGUGUUACCACCCCAUGGAAAUUGACAAAGUUAAGGAUCCAGCCACAGUUAAAUUACAUUCGCAAGUUGAGAUGGGAUCGAUGGAGCUCAAGUCGAUAUUGGGAUAUGAUGAUCAGGGCUUAGUUGCUGCUCCGGAGAAAAAAUCUUCGGAUGAGGCUCCCCUCAAAGUUCUAUAUUCUAGUGGUUCAGGAAGCUUUAAUCGCAAGGUCAUGAGGAAUACUGUGGUUCAUAGCAUCAGAACUGUAGUUUUCUCUUCAAGACUUAACUUGCUCAUGCCUUUUGGCCCAUUAGCAAUCUUAGUUCAGACUUUGACUGGCCAUCAUGGCUGGGUCUUCCUUCUAAGCUUGUUGGGCAUCAUACCUUUGGCCGAGCGGUUAGGAUAUGCUACAGAGCAGCUGGCUUGCUACACAGGACCUACAGUUGGAGGCCUUCUAAAUGCCACUUUUGGAAAUGCCACAGAAUUGAUAAUCUCAAUAUAUGCUUUGCGAAAUGGCAUGAUUCGCGUUGUUCAACAAUCUUUACUGGGCUCAAUAUUGUCAAACAUGUUGCUAGUACUUGGAUGUGCAUUCUUUGCUGGUGGACUCGUGUUUUCUAAGAGGCCACAAGUGUUCAACAAGCCAACUGCUGCUGUGAACUCGGGAUUGCUGUUGAUGGCAGUAAUGGGUCUUCUCCUUCCAGCUUUACUUCACACUACUCACACAGAGUUGCACUUUGGGAAGUCUGCACUAGCCCUUUCAAGGUUUACUAGCUGCAUUAUGCUUGUGGCAUAUGCUUCCUAUCUGUUUUUUCAGCUGAAGAGCCAGCGGAGUCUAUAUGUCCCAGUUGACGAGCAGGGGGAGGAGAUUCACAGUGACGCCAGUGAUGAUGAUGACGAGGUUCCUGAAAUCUCUAAGUGGGAAUCCAUAAUUUGGCUCACUAUUCUAACUGCAUGGAUUUCAAUCCUUUCAGAAUAUUUAGUUAACGCGAUAGAGGGUGCGUCUGUUGCACUGAAUAUUCCUGUAGCAUUUAUCAGUGUUAUUUUGCUCCCAAUUGUUGGGAACGCAGCAGAGCAUGCAGGUGCUGUUAUGUUUGCCAUGAAAGACAAGCUUGAUAUAACUUUGGGAGUGGCCAUAGGUUCAUCAACCCAGAUAUCUAUGUUUGGAAUUCCCUUUUGUGUGAUGGUUGGGUGGAUAAUGGGGGUCCCUAUGGACUUGAAUUUCCAACUGUUUGAGACAGCCACGCUUUUCAUAACCGUUCUGGUGGUAGCUUUCAUGCUACAGGAGGGAACUUCCAACUACUUUAAAGGAAUAAUGCUCAUUCUUUGUUACAUUAUUGUUGCUGCAAGUUUCUUUGUACAUAUCGACCCUACUGCAAUACAGGACAAGCCCCCGGAAACAAAAGAGUAAAUGAAUCCAUUCCUAAUACUCAAAGUCAAUGGCAUAUAAUGUAGAAGUGGUUUUUCCAGUAGCCUCUUGAAACCUCGGCGAUCAAGAGUAGGUGGAGUUUUAGAAGAUUUGGCAUCAUAUUGAUGCUGGAUAGCUUUACAAGUUGAAAUAUCUACCAUGGUGCCAGGAAACGGUGUUGCUAUUUUCUCAUUUUGACUAGGCAGCCAGUGGAAAUGCAUUUCUGUCAAAUGCUACAUUGGAGCAGAGAAAAAUGGCUGGAUAUAGGAUAUAGUUCCACAUGAUUGUUUCAUAAAUAGGAAUGGUAAAGUCAAAUGUAAGAUUUAGAAAGGAAUGUAUGUCUUUCCCUUAUAUUGUGCUGCUAGAAAAAAGAAAAGGAAGGAAAACCAAGUUGUGGGUGGAAUUUUAAUUUGACGUAUUAUAUAAACAAUUCUUUCCAGUCAA